GAAAAUUUUAGAUACUCACUGAAUCACUCGGCCACGGUACGAAUAUCCACAUCAGUUCGUGGCUCGCGCACAAAACCAACUGAAUUUCAACAGCUAAAAACAACAGACACUCGGGCUGCGUUCGGUUUGGCGCUUACAACGCUUAUAAGGACAUCCUUGUUUAACAUUUGAUAAACAACAAGGACAAAACGAUGUUGUAAGCGCCAGGGCGAACUCAGCCCGAGGAGGGCGCCUCUCCCGUCAUCUGUCGGUGCGACGCCGAACCGGUUUGCAGUGUUUACAACAUCGUUAACGCCAUCUCUCGCAGAAGGCGGUUAUCGCCGCAAACAAAUUUCGAACUGCGAGCCAUUUGUCGCGCGUAAAAUCGCGAAUUUCAGUACAGAGUUGUAAAUAAAAUUUGUCAACGAUGAAGGAGACUCCUCUUACAAACUGCGAACGAAAUUUUACAAAUAAAUGUAUAGAGGAGGAAACGAGAUUAGACGGUCGAAAAUUAUUGGAGCCACGUCCGGUGAAGAUCUACUUUGGCUCCAGUUGGGGAUGUUGUAUGGUGUCUCUUGGACACACGAGAGCGGUAGCGCAAGUGUCGUGCGAUAUACAGCAGCCGAAAGCGUCUCGUCCCAACGAAGGUAUGAUACGCAUAAACGUCGAGCUCACGCCGUUAGCGGCGCAACACUUCGAGAGCGGUAGACAGUCCGAGGCGGCUAUACUGAUCAGCAGGCAGCUGGAGAAAUGUUUCAAGGAUUCGAAGUGCGUGGACCUGGAGUCCCUCUGUAUUGUAGCGGAUAAGAAGGUGUGGAAUCUGAGGAUCGACGUUAACAUCAUAAAUCACGAUGGCAAUCUGGUGGAUUGUGCCUCCAUAGCGACACUCGCCGCUCUCAUGCACUUCCACAGGCCGGACGUCACGUCCACCGGCGAGGAGGUCAUCAUACAUCCGGCUUCCGAGAAAGAUUUUCUGCCGUUGACGUUAUUUCACUAUCCGGUCUGCAUAUCUUUCAUAACUUUCAAGAGCGGCAACACUAUAAUGGAUCCCACUUACACGGAAGAAAGGGUUGGUGUCGCUGAACUUACUCUCGGCGUGAACUCUUACAGAGAACUUUGCAGCCUGCACUUCGAUUAUUUAACGAAGACUCUGACGGUCGAAGACGUCAUAUCCGCUGUUUCUAGUCACGCGGCCAAUUACGCGACGAAAUUGGUGCAGCAGAUCAAGGAGGCGGUGAUCAAGGAUGUGCAGUCACGGUACAAAAAAGAUGACAGGGACGUAUCUAGAUUUAAAGAGAGCAUUGAAGUGAAUAAGCUUACAACAACACUCGGCGAUCACAUUAGUAUUAAAUUACGUAAAUGGGUUGCAACUAUAGCCGAAGACGAUUCUAUGGAAGUAGAGGAUGAGAACAAGAGCCGUAUCAUAAAAUACGAAGAAGGAUCUGCCGAAUUAAUAUCCGACGAAUCGUUAUUUAAGAAAGAAGAAAAUCUUAGUACAUCUGACUCUGAUUCGGACGAAGAUAUUUUUGUCAAAUCGCCAUCUCCAUCGGACAGAAAAGAAGCAGACUUAGUAGACUUAGUGGACAGCGACUAAAUUCAUUAAAAAAUAUAUCUCGAAUUUGGAAGCUUAA